AUAACAUUAUAUUAUCCUUCGGUUUGACAGUUGGGUCCAGAAAUUGGAGCGAUUACGGAUCGGUAUUCGGUAUUACUGUUCGGCAGCAUUGAAAAGUAGUGUUGAAAUUUGAUUGCUCUACAUGAAAAAAUAAAACUUGUUAAACCGGCUUUGAAUUCAUCGGUCACUUCAGUGAUCCUGCAGUUUUCGUUGCACUUCAAUUAGAUCGGGUGCUUACAUUCGAUUGCCAAUUAUGUCGAUACAGUGGACAUUCAUUGCCGGUUACCUUUAUUUUGAAAUAGCCAUUGUCAUUAUACUAAUAUUACCGAUAUUCAGCCCAAGAAAAUGGCACGCCUUCUUUCAAUCUCGACUAUUUUCUAUUUUCCAACAACAAGCUGCUAUCUAUUUCUACGUACUUCUUGGAGUUUUGGCUUUAUUCCUCAUGGACGCUGUCAGGGAAAUGCGUAAGUAUUCUUCGACUGACCACACGCAUCUAACGAACGAGAUGAAGGGAAACGUGAAACUGUUUAGAGCACAAAGAAAUUUCUACAUCACAGGAUUCGCAAUAUUUCUUGCGUUUGUCAUAAGGCGACUUGUAACUAUGAUUAUUAUACAGUAUGAACUGGAGGUAAAAGCACAAGAGAUAAUUAAGAAAGCUGAGGACACAGUGAAAAUGGCCAAAUCAACAGUUAUAGCGAACACUAUGCAUGAAGCACAGGAUAAUGCAAUCAAGCAAAAAUUAGAAUUGACCGAGAAUUUGUUGGACCAACAGCAAGCAAAAGUAAAAGAAUUAGAAGCGGAGGCUACAAUGUGGCGUCUGAUGUAUGAAGAUUUAAAAAGCAAUGCUAGUGGACAGGGUGACACAUAAACACUGAAAUUGGAUCUGUAUUGUUUAUGAUCAAUAGUUAACCAUAUAUUAAACAAGUAAAAAUAAUUCAUUGAUGGAAACAAGGCAUCAUAUAUUUGACACAUCAUAUCUAACAAAAUAACUUAAUCAUCUUGUAAUACUUAGCUUCUUAACAUAAGUAGUAUUGUAAUAUUGCCAUUUAUAAAGGAAUUCUUACUAUUAAUUCAGUUAAAUUACAUAGAAAGCUUCUUAUUUUCAUUUCAAGUAAAAGAGAAAAUGAGUGAUGAUGUUAAAGGGUGCUGUACUUAAAUGUUGUAAGGAAAAAAUGGUAGGAUAUCUUAAAUGGACUGAUUAAAUUAAAAAAAAAA